AUUGAGUUGCGGACUCGCGAUUUUGGCAGAACCUCUGACAAAACUCCGAUGAUAAUUUGCCAAACCAAGGCAGCCGCAGAGUUCCGUAUGGUUGAUGCGUUUGGCGAGGUCCAGGGCCGUGUGCCAGGAGGAGUGAGUCUUUGGUCUGAAGGUUUGGAACUGUGCACCAUGGGAGCUGAUUGCAGGGUUCCAAGCAGGCACAGCAUGACCAUUAUUGGCUUUGGACCUAACAUAGGGGCUAGCUUGCCCAAUCCUGUGACCUUUGGUACGAGGUGUACGUCUGUGCUGCAUUCAAAACACGCGACUCCGGGUGUCAAUAUGAGCUCUUUUGAAGUUGCGCAAUCUGUUGCAGAUUACCUCAAAGACAAGAUUCCUUUUCUACCAGAAGUAGGUAUUAUAUGCGGUUCCGGGUUGGGUGGCUUGGCUGAGUUGGUUACAGAGGCUACCAUUGUUAAGUACUCUGAUAUCAAGGAAUUCCCUGAAAGCACCGUCGUUGGACAUGCGGGCAAUCUUGUUUUUGGACAUCUUGCCGGCAAAAAUGUUGUACUUAUGCAAGGGCGCUUUCAUCCUUAUGAAGGCUAUGAGAUGUCGAAGGUGAUCCUUCCUAUUCGAGUUAUGAGCCUUCUCGGUGUUGAGACCUUAAUCGUCACCAAUGCCGCUGGUGGUCUGAAUCCUGAGUUCAAAGUCGGCGAUAUGAUGAUUAUCAAGGACCAUAUCAGCUUGCUUGGUUUAACUGGAAAAAAUCCACUUGUUGGUCCAAAUGAGUCCCAAUUUGGACCUCGUUUUCCACCAAUGAAAGGCUUAUAUACCAAGGAGUUACGUGAACUUGCGAAGGAGAUAGCAAUGGAAUUGGAAAUCGAGCAGUUUCUGCAAGAGGGCGUGUAUGUUGCCCAGAUGGGUCCUGCUUACGAGACCCCAUCCGAGGCCAACUUCUUGCGAAUGAUUGGUGCCGAUGCUGUCGGAAUGAGUACCAUACACGAAGCAGUCGUCGCAAGGCAUGCGGGGAUGAAGAUCUUUGGUAUGUCUCUCAUCACCAACAAAGUUGCCCUCGACGAAGACAGUGAGGUUAUUUGCAACCACGAGGAGGUUCUUGAAACCAGUGCUAAAAGAGCGGAGAUUAUGAAAACUUUUGUAGAAAAGCUGGUUGGAAGGCUCGGAGUAAGAAUGGGUUCCUACGUGGAUGCAAAUGGCGCUGCGGAUUACAUCAAGUCAAAGGUGCGCCAGACACCACAAGUGGGCAUCAUUUGUGGUUCUGGAUUAGGAAAGCUGGCUGAGAUAGUCUCCGAUCCAGUCGUUGUCAAGUACUCAGAUAUUAAGCAAUUCCCCAGGAGCACAGUCGUGGGGCACGCUGGCAACCUCGUUUUUGGCAAACUCGCUGGCAAAAAUGUCGUUGUCAUGCAGGGUCGAUUUCAUCCCUACGAGGGCUAUCCAAUGCGUCAGGUCACUUUGCCCGUGAGAGUGAUGAAACUGUUGGGAGUGGAAACGCUCAUCGUCACUAACGCAGCAGGUAGUUUGAAUCCCGACUACAAAGUGGGAGACCUGAUGAUAAUCAAGGAUCACAUAAGCUUGCUCGGAAUGACUGGUUUGAACCCACUGGUUGGACCAAACGAUGAAAGAUUUGGACCACGUUUUCCAGCAAUGACCAACAUUUACACGAAGGAACUACGCGAAAUAGCCAAGGCGGUGGGCGCAGAAAUGCAAAUUGAAGACUUCUUGCGUGAAGGCGUCUACGUGGCUGAGAUGGGACCCACUUACGAGACCAUCGCAGAAGCGCGAUUCCUCAGAAUGAUUGGUGCUGACGCAGCCGGAAUGAGCACUGCACACGAGGCUAUUGUUGCCAAACACGCUGGUCUUAAGGUCUUUGCCAUGUCUCUCAUCACCAACCAAAUUGUUGUUGACGAAGACAGUGUGGUCGCCUGCAAUCAUGAAGAAGUCCUUCAAACUUCUGCCAAACGUGCUGAAGUGAUGAAGACAUUUGUGAUGGGAAUGCUGGAGAAAAUGUAG